AUUCCUGGGCGCCUGGUCACUUCCCCUGCGCUGGCGGUCCCGACAGCUUUCCGAGCGAACUCACUGAGCAACGUGGCCAGGCUAUGACCCCAGGGGUACUGCUGCUCCUGCUGCUGGGGGCUCUGGGGACGCCGCUCAUCCCAGGUGUCCGCGGCUCAGAGGCGGAGGGCCGACUCCGCGAGAAACUUUUCUCCGGCUAUGAUAGCUCCGUACGGCCGGCGCGGGAGCUGGGAGACCGAGUCGGGGUCAGCAUUGGUCUCAGCUUGGCGCAACUCAUCAGCCUGAACGAGAAGGAUGAAGAGAUGAGCACAAAGGUGUACUUAGACCUGGAGUGGACUGACUACAGACUGAGUUGGGACCCUGCGGAGUACGACGGCAUCGAUUUGCUCCGCAUCACGGCAGAGUCUGUGUGGCUACCUGACGUGGUGCUGCUGAACAACAAUGACGGAAAUUUUGAUGUCGCUCUGUACAUCAACGUCGUGGUGUCCUCCGACGGCUCUGUUCGCUGGCAACCCCCAGGCAUCUAUCGCAGCAGCUGCAGCAUCCAGGUCACCUACUUCCCCUUUGACUGGCAGAACUGCACUAUGGUGUUCAGUUCCUACAGCUAUGACAGCUCUGAGAUCAGCCUGCAGACAGGCCUAGGUCCUGAUGGGCAAGAGCAGCAGGAAAUUCACAUUCAUGAAGGGACCUUCAUUGAGAAUGGCCAAUGGGAGAUUAUCCACAAACCCUCUCGGCUUAUCCAGCCUCCAGGGGAUCCUAGGGGAGGAAGGGAAGGACAGCAUCAAGAAGUCACUUUCUACCUCAUCAUCCGCCGGAAGCCUCUCUUCUACCUGGUCAACGUCAUUGCCCCAUGCAUCCUCAUCACUCUCCUGGCCAUUUUUGUCUUCUACCUGCCACCAGAUGCAGGAGAGAAGAUGGGGCUCUCAAUCUUUGCCCUGCUGACCCUUACUGUGUUCCUCCUGCUGCUGGCAGACAAAGUGCCUGAGACCUCCCUGGCGGUCCCCAUUAUUAUCAAGUACCUUAUGUUUACCAUGGUCCUCGUCACUUUUUCCGUCAUCCUCAGUGUUGUGGUUCUCAACCUGCACCAUCGCUCACCCCACACCCACCAAAUGCCCUUUUGGGUCCGUCUGAUCUUCAUUCACAAACUCCCUCUGUACCUGGGUCUGAAGAGGCCCAAACCUGAAAAAGAUCAGAUGCCAGAGCCCCUUCACUCUUCUACUCCAGGAAGUGGCUGGGGCCGGGGAACAGAUGAAUAUUUCAUCCGGAAGCCGCCGAGUGAUUUUCUCUUCCCCAAACCCAACAGGUUUCAGCCUGAACUGUCUGCCCCGGACCUGCGGCGAUUUAUCGAUGGUCCACACCGGGCCGUGGGGCUGCCGCCUGAGCUGCGGGAGGUCGUUUCCUCUAUUAGCUACAUCGCUCGACAGCUGCAGGAACAGGAGGACCACGAUGCGCUGAAGGAGGACUGGCAGUUUGUGGCCAUGGUAGUGGACCGCCUCUUCUUGUGGACCUUCAUCAUCUUCACAAGCGUUGGGACCCUGGUCAUCUUCCUGGACGCCACGUACCACUUGCCCCCUCCCGACCCUUUUCCUUGAGGUCUCCAGGGCAGAGACCUGGGCCUGGGGCGGUUGGCCUGAGAGUUUUGCGGUACCGUCAAGCCCUGUCCUGCUCUGCCUCUGAACUCCUUCACUAGGAAUCCAGCCCUCUUAUUUUGUUUCUGGGCAGGAAGCUGAAGUUGGACUGGGGGCUGGGCUAACGGGUGCCUUGAACCCACCCGAAAUGCACUAUCAGCUUCUUUUUUCCUUGGGUUCCUGAAGAAGCUUCUUUGGGUAUCAACAUCUAAGGUCCCCAAUGAAAUAGAAAAAAGAACAAGAACUAGAUUGUGAGCACUAUGAAGGUAGGAAAUGUGUCUUGUUCACUAUAUAUUCCCAGCACCUUGCACAGGUCCUGACCUAUAUUAAGUGCUUAACAUUUGUUGAAUAAAUAAGGAAAAAAUUUCUAGAACGAAAUACACCAAUUAAUAGUG